CCGCAUGCUGCCUGCUCCCUCUUGCACUUCCUCCCGCCCUCCCCCCUCCUCUUUUCCCUCUCUCCCUCUGCCAUCCAUGUCCGACACCGAGCUCCCUGUCACGCCGACCGUUGUCGACGCCCCCGUCGCUGAGGCCACGCCGGUCGACGUGCCGGCCGCUCCGACUGACGAGGCUCCCCCUUCGGCCGAUGAGGCCGUCCCCUCGGACGCCGAGAUGCCGGCCACCCCCGUGGCUGAGACUCCCGUGCCUGUGACCGCCUCCGAGGCCGAAGUCGAUGCCCCUGCGGCCGAUGCUCCCGAGGCCGAGGCCUCCGAGGCCACCGCUUCCGACGAUGGCACCGAGCCCACGGCCGUGCCCGAGCCGAAGCCCGCCCCUGCGGAGGCUGCCCCCACUCAACAUCUGACGCUGGAGUCCCUGUCGGAAGUGGUUAGCCAGCUGCUGUCCCGUGUGCAGGAUCUCGAGGACCAGGUCGCGCGCAAUGACUCGGCCGGGGUCUCCGCCUCGGCCGGAGCCACUUCGCCUGAGAUGCUGGCCUUCGACAAGGCACGCGGCGACUUCCUGCUGAAGCUGGUGGCCAUGAGCUUCGGCUGGCAGCGUACCGCGCCGGUGCUUGGCCUGAAGGAUGUUGCCCCCGAGGAUAUCCCCCACCUGUCGCAGUACUUCCAGAAUGCCACCAACUACACCCACCUGGAUGCCUCCUACACGGAGAUCUGCCCCUCGAGCCUGGCCCAUCUGUUGAAUAUCCCCCUCAAGAAUGAGCUCUUCACUUCGGCCGACUUCAGCGGCUGUAAGCUCGGCCCCGCAUCCGGCCCGGUCAUUGGCGAAUUCCUCUCCAAGAACCCCGACAUCACUUCCCUCUCUCUCCAGUCGAACGAGCUCGGUGAUGAUGGUCUGCUGCGCUCCAGCGAGCUUUCGCCCUCCUUCGUCGGGGGGCUGGCCUUCGCCAAGUCCCUCAAGUCCCUGAACCUUUCGGCCAACGGUCUCACCGAGAAGUCCAUCGAGGAGCUGGCCGCUGUCCUUGGGACCAUCCGUCUGCAAAGCCUCUUCAUUGGCCGUAACAACAUCGGCCCCAAGGGCCUCGAGCGCCUGUGCCAGGCGGUGGCCAACUCCUCCAUCACCCACCUGACCAUCCAGGAAUCCGGCGCCGGGGACGAGGCUGCCCAGCACAUCGCCGAUCUGAUCAAGAAUGCCAAAAACCUGAAGUUCCUGCACAUUGCCAACAACAAGAUCGGCGAUGAGGGCGGUGAGGUCAUUCUUCGGGCUCUCGGCUCCCCGAGCUGCCAGCUCUUCAGUCUUGUCAUGUUCAACAACAACCUUGGCCCCAAGAGCGCCGCCGCCCUGGCUGAGGCUCUUCCCAACAACAGCAGCCUGCGCGAGUUUGAUCUCCGCUAUUGCAAGUUCGAGGACGCCAGCUGCGGAGCUCUCCUCGUCAGUGCGGCCACUGCCAGCCAGCUGACCUCCUUCAACACCCAUGGCUGCGUCCUGUCGGCCGAUGUGCAGAAGCAGAUCCAGGAGGGCCUUCGGACGAAGGACGCCUCCCCGACGCUGGAGCCCGUGUCUUCCCCCUCUACCAGCAAGCGCCUGCGCAACAUGUUCCGCCAGAAGUCCUCGUCAUCUAGCCUGUCCACCAAUGAGACCGGUGGCACGGCCACCCCGCCGGCUGGCAAGGACUGAGUGUGCCGGGAGCCACGCACGCUCGGGCAGUGUGUACGAAACCACGAUCGCACUGACCUACAUAUUCAUAUGUGCGCGCAAACGCGCGCUGCCCGUGUGGUCAUCUUUCCCUCCCCGGGCAUAUGUCCUUUCCUGGGGCGGCCUGGACGGCGGGAGAUCAGAAAUACAAAAACCCCA